AUGUCUAUAAAUUCAUUCACUGGAUGUAUACCCAAUACACUUGGUAGUUUAAGAUUCUUGAAGUUUCUCAUCCUUGAAUCAAAUAGUGUGACCGGAGAAUCCUCUACCCCGGAGUUGAGACUUUUCUCUUCUUUAACAAAUUGCAGACAAUUGAAGAUAUUGAGCAUAUCAUUAAAUCCCCUAAAUGGCAUACUUCCAAAUUCAUUGGGAAAUUUGUCUUCCUCUCUUCAAACCUUUCAUGCAUCUGGAUGCCAACUCAAGGGCAACAUCCCAACUAGAAUCGGGAAUUUUAGCAACUUGUAUAUCAUAGACUUAGGAAGCAACCAACUGACUGGACCUAUCCCAAAAACAAUAGGGGCAUUACAAAAUCUCGAAGUUUUAUUUCUUCAAAAUAAUAGAUUGCAUGGAUACAUUCCGGAUGAUUUUUGUCGGUUAAGGAGAUUGGGGAGCUUGUACUUAAGUGAUAAUAAGCUAUAUGGACAGAUCCCUACGUGCUUGGGUGAGCUUAAGUCUCUAAGAUGGCUUGAUCUUGACUCCAACAAAUUGUCUUCCAUAAUACCGUCAAACUUGUGGAGCCUUGAAGAUCUAUUGGGUGUUAACUUAUCCUCAAACUUUCUAAGAGGUCAUCUACCAUUAGAAAUUGGAAAUUUGGAAGUUAUAGGAUCUAUAGACUUGUCAAGGAAUCACUUAUCAGGCACAAUCCCGAACACCAUCGGAGGAGCUCAGUCAUUAGUUUCUCUCUCCUUGGCCCACAAUAAAAUGCAAGGACCUAUUCCUCAAUCGCUUGGCAACUUGAUAAGCUUGGAGUUGUUAGAUCUAUCUAGUAACAACUUUUCUGGAGUUAUUCCCAAAUCUUUGGAGGCACUCAGGUAUCUCCAAUAUUUCAAUGUGUAUUUCAAUAGACUAAAAGGAGAAAUUCCUACGGGAGGACAUUUUGCCAACUUUACAGCCAAGUCAUUUUGGCAUAAUGAUGCACUGUGUGGUGUACCACGAUUGCAAGUUCCCCCGUGCGAAACCAACAAGAAUCCGCAAUUUGCUGUUUUGAAAUAUGUUUUACCCCCUGUUGCAUUAGCAAUUCUUGUUGUGGCCCUUGUAUUUUUGUUGAUGGGAUGCCGAAACCAGAAGAUCAAAUUAAAGACCUAA